UACGCCUACUUUAUUCAUGAGUUUUGCAGAUACAUUUUCCACCGCCAUCCUCUUCCAAAUUAAGUGCAGAAAGCUCCCAAGUAACUCAUCCCAAAAGCCUCUCGGCUUAUCAUACUCUACGUGUCAAAAUGAUGUUCUUUGGUUGGGUGCAAAAUAAGCUUAAUGGGAAACAAGGAAGCAGUAAAUUAUAUACAGUUCCUGCUACUCAGCACAUGAAACAAGAGUCUCGGCAAGAGUUCAGCGAUUGGCCUCAUGGAUUGUUGGCAAUAGGAACAUUUGGUAACAAUAAUGACAUUGCCGAGAAUCCUCGAUCCCGAGACGUCACGCCAAAAAAUCCCUUCCACAUUCAAGAGGUGCAGGAGCCGUCUUCGUCCGAGUAUUUACAUGAAUUCACGCCCGAAGAAAUUGUGAAACUAGAAAAGGAAUUAACAAAACUCUUGUCCCGAAAACCCGCUUCCGAUGAUAAAAAGGAACUGGCAAAACUACCAUUGGAUAGGUUUCUCAACUGUCCAUCGAGCUUGGAAGUUGAUAGGAGGAUUAGCAAUGCACUUUGCUGUGAUUCGGUGGAUAAAUUGGACCAAGAAGACAUUGAUCGAACCAUCAGUGUUAUCCUGGGCAGAUGCAAGGACAUUUGUGCCCAAAAUAAGAAGAAACCCAUCGGGAAGAAAUCCAUUUCGUUCCUAUUGAAGAAGAUGUUUGUUUGCAGCGCUGGGUUUUCACCUGCACCGAGUUUGAGAGAUACACUGCAGGAAUCGAAAUUGGAGAAGCUUUUGAGGGUAAUGCUUCACAAGAAUAUUUACAAUCAAAAUCCUUCUCGAGCAUCAGCCAUGAAGAUAUAUUUAGAAGACAAAGAAGCACCCAGAAGGCCAAAUAAUGAAGAUGAAACCCAGAAGAGAAAGAGUGAGGUUGGAUAUAAAUGGGUGAAGACAGAUUCCGAGUGUAAGCUUGGGUUUUCAUGAUAUUGUCCUGGAGAUUUAACGGCACCGAGAUUUGCUGGUUCCCAUGUCCCAAUCUAGGAUUCAGGAUAGGAAGUUCAGCGUGGUGAAUCAAAAGUUAUAAGACAAAAAGACAAGUGUAUGAUUCAGACAUGGAUCUGUGUUUUGUUAUAGCUGAGAGCUUCCCCUUAUUCUCUAUGGUUGUAAUUAUGGAUGCAAUGCAACCCAUGUUCAUGAGAUAUAUCUGCAAUAGAUA